GGUGCGCGGGCACAGCAGCCAGGCUGCCGGAGAGCUGAUCUCGGGGAUUCGGGUGCGGAGCCCUUGGCCUGGAGGCGAUAUGGGUGGUCCGUGGCCGCGUUCAGUCGUUUGCAGCAGCCAGGGGAACAGGCCUGUCUGGCCCUGAGGGAAUCCUCUGUUCGAAGUGGUGGUGCACUUGGAAGACCUGCUCUCUUCGUUGCUGGGCACCUGUAGGUGUCCCUCGAGAGCUCAGUUUUGAGGUUCAAGUCAGUGUGGCCAUGAAGGGUCUGCCUAUUGGGCUGAUGCUGUGACCCUGGAGUCUGCCUCUCCUGCCAGUCCCCCCUGCCCGGAACAUGUGGCUGCGGCUUGGUCCGCCCUCGCUGUCCCUGAGCCCCGCACCCACAGUUGGCCGGAGCCUGUGCCUCACCCUGUGGUUCCUCACUUUGGUGCUGAGGGUCAGUUCCCAAGCCCCAGCACCCACAGUCAAUACUCACUUUGGGAAGCUAAGGGGUGCCCGGGUACCAUUGCCCAGUGAGAUCUUGGGGCCUGUGGACCAAUACCUGGGGGUGCCCUACGCAGCUCCCCCAGUUGGCGAGAAACGUUUUCUGCCCCCUGAACCACCCCCAUCUUGGUCUGGCAUCCGGAACGCCACACACUUUCCCCCAGUGUGCCCCCAGAACAUCCACACAGCUGUGCCCGAAGUCAUGUUGCCAGUCUGGUUCACUGCCAACUUGGAUAUCGUCGCUACUUACAUCCAGGAGCCCAACGAGGACUGCCUGUACCUGAAUGUCUAUGUGCCCACGGAGGAUGUAAAGCGGAUUUCCAAGGAAUGCGCCCGAAAGCCCAACAAGAAAAUUUGUAGGAAAGGAGGAUCCGGCGCUAAGAAACAGGGCGAGGACUUAGCGGAUAAUGACGGGGAUGAAGAUGAAGACAUCCGGGACAGUGGUGCUAAGCCUGUCAUGGUCUACAUCCAUGGAGGUUCUUACAUGGAAGGGACAGGCAACAUGAUUGAUGGCAGCGUCCUUGCGAGUUAUGGCAACGUCAUCGUUAUCACCCUCAACUAUCGGGUCGGGGUGCUAGGUUUCCUGAGCACCGGGGAUCAGGCAGCCAAGGGAAACUAUGGACUCCUUGACCAAAUCCAGGCCCUCCGCUGGGUGAGCGAGAAUAUCGCCUUUUUUGGAGGAGAUCCCCGCCGUAUUACUGUCUUUGGCUCAGGCAUCGGUGCAUCCUGUGUCAGCCUCCUCACACUGUCACAUCACUCUGAGGGGCUUUUCCAGAGGGCCAUCAUCCAAAGUGGCUCUGCUCUGUCCAGCUGGGCUGUGAACUACCAACCAGUGAAGUAUACCAGCUUGCUGGCAGACAAAGUGGGCUGUAACGUGCUGGAUACUGUGGAUAUGGUGGACUGUCUUCGCCAAAAGAGCGCCAAGGAGCUAGUAGAACAAGACAUUCAACCUGCCCGCUACCAUGUGGCCUUUGGCCCUGUGAUUGAUGGUGAUGUCAUUCCUGAUGACCCCGAGAUUCUCAUGGAACAGGGAGAGUUCCUCAACUAUGAUAUCAUGCUAGGUGUCAACCAGGGUGAGGGUCUCAAGUUUGUGGAAGGGGUGGUGGAUCCUGAGGAUGGUGUCUCUGGCACUGACUUUGACUAUUCUGUCUCCAACUUUGUGGACAAUCUGUAUGGCUAUCCUGAGGGUAAGGACACACUGCGGGAGACUAUCAAGUUCAUGUACACAGAUUGGGCAGACCGUGAUAACCCUGAGACCCGCCGUAAAACACUGGUGGCACUCUUCACUGACCACCAGUGGGUGGAGCCUUCAGUGGUGACAGCUGAUCUGCAUGCCCGCUAUGGCUCACCUACCUACUUCUACGCCUUCUACCAUCACUGCCAGAGCCUCAUGAAGCCUGCUUGGUCAGAUGCAGCUCAUGGGGAUGAAGUACCCUAUGUUUUUGGUGUCCCUAUGGUAGGUCCCACUGACCUUUUCCCUUGCAACUUCUCCAAGAACGAUGUCAUGCUCAGUGCUGUCGUCAUGACCUAUUGGACCAACUUUGCCAAGACCGGGGAUCCCAACAAGCCAGUACCCCAGGACACCAAGUUCAUUCAUACCAAGGCCAACCGCUUUGAGGAAGUGGCCUGGUCCAAAUACAAUCCCCGGGACCAGCUCUACCUUCACAUCGGGCUGAAACCACGAGUCCGUGAUCAUUACCGAGCCACCAAGGUGGCCUUUUGGAAACACCUGGUGCCCCACCUGUACAACCUGCAUGACAUGUUCCACUAUACAUCCACGACCACCAAAGUGCCGCCCCCGGACACCACCCACAGCUCCCACAUCACCCGCAGGCCCAAUGGCAAGACCUGGAGCACCAAGCGGCCAGCCAUCUCACCUGCCUACAGCAAUGAGAACGCCCCUGGACCCUGGAAUGGGGACCAGGAUGCAGGGCCCCUCCUGGUGGAGAACCCUCGAGACUACUCCACUGAACUAAGUGUCACCAUCGCCGUGGGGGCCUCCCUUCUGUUUCUCAAUGUGCUGGCUUUUGCUGCCCUCUACUACCGCAAGGACAAGCGGCGCCAGGAGCCCCUGCGGCAGCCUAGCCCCCAGAGGGGAACCGGGGCCCCGGAAUUGGGAACUGCCCCUGAAGAGGAGCUGGCAGCAUUGCAGCUAGGCCCCACUCACCAUGAGUGUGAGGCUGGUCCCCCCCAUGACACACUGCGCCUCACUGCAUUGCCCGACUACACCCUGACCUUGCGGCGCUCCCCUGAUGACAUCCCACUCAUGACCCCCAACACCAUCACAAUGAUUCCCAACUCCCUGGUCGGGCUGCAGACAUUGCACCCCUAUAACACCUUUGCCGCAGGGUUCAAUAGUACCGGGCUGCCCCAUUCACACUCCACUACCCGCGUAUAGCUCUAGCCCAGAGCACAGCUCAUCUCCCAGCUCCCUCCCAGACCCCCCCCACAUGCACACACACACACACACACACACACAUGCACACACAUACACACACACACACACACACACACACAGACAUAUAUGUACAUGCUCACACCCACUCUACAGCAGACUCAUCUGUACAAACAUAGACAGAUGUGGACAUGCACUCACAUGUACAAAACACAAAUUUGGAAGUAAAUCUGAACAAGCCCUUCAAAUGGGGACAAACAUGAGUCCUUGGUAAACCAAGGACCCGUGGAAUAGUAGCUGGAGCCAGCUCCCUGAGCCCAACCACAGACACUCCUGGGGGGCCUGAAAGCCACAGCCGGACACCCCCUUGGUGCUCGCCUUCUGCCUCUCUCAGAACUGCACCAUUGACCAAACUGCAGACACGGGAGCUUUAAAGAGCAGGAUAGCUCUUCCUCCCCCAGACUUAGUCUUUUUUCUGGGUCUUGUUUUUGUUGAUUUUUAAAAAAAUUUGGAACCAAUGCUUUUCCAAACCAUUGAGUGCUAAGCAGCUAUGGAAGGGAGGGCUCCAGGCCCAGGACUCUGGUUCUAGAACUUCCAGUGCUCACAUAAUCAGACCAAGGAAAAGGACCCCUGCCCCCAAGGAAAAAAUAAAACAGAUUGCAGCACACUAUGGGGUGCAAGGAGGAAGGGACUAGCAAUGAAUGGGGCAGGAGGGAUAUCGAGGACAGAUUGGUAACUGGCUCUGUUUUCCCAUGGAUGGCUUCAGAGUCUGCAGGGAGAACUGCUCCCCGCAAAGGUCAGCAUCAUCACCCUGACUAGACCAGGGAAAGCCUAGGUUUGGUGAACAAAGUACUUUGGAGGCUGUAUCCUUAUUGGAUCCCUGGCUAGAUAAUCUGGGCUCUGCCUCUCCCUUUGGGGAAAUGCUACCAGAAAUUUGCCCCAUUUUCUUUACAGUCUCUUUUGUGUCUGUCAUUUCUCUUUCAAAAAAGAGAUUUUUUUUUUUGAUUGUUGUUGGCUUUUUUUUUUUAAGAAAAGUUCUUAAAACACUAACGGAAACCCAUGGAGUUUGUCCUUUGUAAAAAAAAAAAAAUUAAACACAGUGUCUUGAUAUAAAAAUAAAAAAUCCAGUUAGCACUCCCAACCUGCCUUCCUUGCACAGGCCUUGCCCCAACAUCCCUGAAGCAGGGUGCCUCAGUGGGCUGGGAAGCAGCAGCCUUCUACCUUGUAGUUCCUGUAAGUCUGGGCUGUGAUCUUCUGGGCCCCUGGCUCCCCUGGGCCCCCUACACAAGGCCUCAUACUAAUUAUGUUGCUGCCCCCCACCCCCGCGCUCUGGGUUCCUGCAGCUAAAGCCUCCUCUCAGUACCUCAGCCCUCCUCAUGAAACAGCCAAAAUAAUACUUCCUUCUUCCUCUGUCACCACGCCACUGCUACUGAUGCCACCACUACCAUGAUCACCACCCUGCCCUCACUUUGGACUAAGGGCUGGCAGGAGGCUUGACUUCUGACCUGCUGAAAUUUUCUCUCGCCUAUGGAAAUGCAGUGAGUGCAGCAUUAGCCACAUGGACUCCCUGGCCUUGGGGACUGACAGAGCAGGGCCCCUCUCCUUCCCCAGGGAUAGGGGAUUGUUCUAUGAAUUUGAAUUGCAGAAGUCACUGGAGCCCAGGGAACAAUUUUUAUCCAGGAUUGUCAUCAGUGGCUCCCUUACAACUCUGGGGGACAUAUGGGGGGGGGAGCGGGUCUCCAUGGGGUUAAUAUUUUGGUAUUUCCCAUUCUCCUUGGUGACUUGAAGGACUGAACUUGAAGUGCUCAUCAAGCCUGACAGUUGGGCAGGGUUGCUGAUAUCUCAGAAGCCAGGAAUAGAAUUCUUCAAAGUGACCCUGACAAAAUGAGGGAGAUGAGCCAUCACAACCAGGAUGGCAUUCAGAGGGGGAUGAGUAAAAGGUAGUAUAUACGAAGACCAAAACCCAGAACUAAUACACUAAUAUGGUGUCUGAGCCAGGAGUGAUGGGCAUAAGGGAAUAGUUUUUUUUUUUUUGUUUUGUUUUUUUUUUUUUUUUUUUAAGCAUUGGGAGAGGGUAUGUACAUUGAGUGAGUUCAUGGUUUGAGAAUAGCUUUCUGCCUGUCUUCCCUCCCUCCCUUCUUUUCUUUCUUCUUUCCAAAAUGAAUGUGGAUACUAGCAUAUAGUAACAAAGAUAGCUGGGAAAAGCUAGUAAGUAAUCAGUGUGUGAGUAUUAGAACUAGGUGUAACCCCAGAGAAAAUGGAUCACCAAAGCCCAUCACAUUUGGUGCUAGAGAAACGGAUCUAGAACAAUAUGGUGGCACAUGCCUGUAAUCCAGGAACCUGAGAGAGGGGAGUAAAUGACCAGGAGUUCAAAAUCAUUCUCAGCUACAGAGAAAGUUCAAAGCCAGCCUGGCAUAUAUGAGACUCUGUCAGGGGCUGGGUUAGAAUGUGACAUUGUACUAUAGGACUAUUCCCAUUGUCCUCUUUGACUUACUCGAUCUCAGCACUGGUUAUAACUCCCACCACAUGUAUGACUCUACCCUUGGUUGGCAUAUGUUAUCAUGGGAGGGAAAGUGGGGAGUGUCUAGAGAAGAAUAAUAGCAAUAGGCAAAAAGCCCACUGUUGCUUUAUUAUUUAUUUUUUUUUUUUUGGAGGUAGGGUCUUACUCUAGCCUAGGCUGACCUGGCACUUGCUUUGCAGUCCCAGGCUGGCCUCAAACUCACCGUGAUCCUCUUACAUCUGCCUUCCAAGUGCUGGGAUUAAAGGUAUGCACCAUCAUACCGGGUGGGUUGCUUUUUAAUUUAGAAAGAAGGAAGCAGGUGGGGAAUAUCCAGUGGUUUCUGAGUACCUACAAUGUGCUAAGUAUAUUGUUAUCAUUUUCAAAGUGAGGCUCCUAAUAGUGCUAGGUUCUCUUGUGACCUGUGUGCUCAACUCAACUCCUGAGAGUAACAGAGGGGGAAUGAGCCUAGGAAAAAGCCAAAGAAAUGGCUUUACUUCAUUUUACUACAGCCAAGAGAUGCUCCAGGCUCCCACAAAGCCCUUAGUAGUAGCUGCCAAAAGAAAUGACUGCACCACAUCCUUCAUCUUCUGCAAGCAGAGGACUGGAUCACACUAUCUUUUAAGGUCCAUUCCCAGUCUAUGUGUUCAUCUUCCAACCUUCAAUUGGUGUAUUUCACAUAUUUCCAAAUUGGACCUUCUAUAGCAAAUCCAGCACCAAUCUUAUAAGGACUUUACGAAUGAUAAACCCCUCCCAGUUGGUCCUCAUCUUUGAAAGGCCUGAGAAGACAUGGUAGUCUCUAAAACAGACAGGAUUUCAGUCUAAUUGACAGUUUGUUCUGGGUCUUAUUGCUGACUACCAGCCCACAUGGCAUAAAUCAUUACUGCCUACAUUACACUGUAAGUCCAGCCCACAUCCCUAGGUUUAUCUGCUUUCUAUUUUAGUCUUUUAGGGAGCUUGAGACAGCAAUCUUCAGAUCUGCAUUUGUGAUGUGUGUGAAGGGUCAGAGGUUGGUUACUGUGGAAGUCUCCAUGGAAGAAUGGUUAUUAGGACUGUAGGCUUGGCCCUAUGCUAGUUUAUGUAAAUACUAUGAGGAGUAAAGACAUGCAUCAUGGGCUGUAUACCUUUGGGAAGACAAACCCAACCAUGUUUAAAUGAAGGCUUCUCAGAGAAGCUCCAUCUCAUGGUCUGGUCACUAACAGCCCAGAGCCUCUCUACCUCCCCAUUCAGAGAAUGCGAGAGAUGUUUUCUGUAGCCUUGAGAUGUGGGCCAUUAUGUCCCCACCAUGUCACACAUACAUGAGAAAAGGUAAAUUCCAUGAGUUCCAGAUCAAUAAAUGUGAUAUUAAUGGAGGACAAAUGAGUACAAGGCUCAUUGGGGAGCAGUUACUAAACAAAAUGAAGAUUGUUCAUCCCCUGCAUGAAAUUGAGA